GGAGACCGAAAGGUGUGCGUGCGUGCGUGCGUGCGUGCUGUUGUCAGCUUCAUCGCUCCGCGUUCUCGGUUCCUUUAGCAUCAUCAGUGGCUGAGAGGCAGGGGGCCCUGAGGAGAAACCGCGGUAACCGAGCGUGCAGACCGGACUGGGCCUAGACUGCAGCGCCUGCGCACCCCUCCAAGCAGCGGGGGGCGCUGGGGGCCGGCCCGAGGCGGGCUCUUCGGGCGGAGACAGGGCGAGGUGCGUAGGACGCCACGUCGGCAGCCGCUGAAGGAGCAGCUUCCACAGCAACGUUGCAAGAGAGUCGGAGUUUGCUCCGUGAUUCCAAAGGCUGCCGACGGGAAUAGAGAGCGCCCUGAGCCAGACUGACGCGAGCUGGCAGGAGGGACCCGAAGAGGUUUUUAUAUAGAAAAUCACAGUGGGACUUUUGAAUGCAGUAACAGUUGGUUGCUGUUUAAUUAUAAGAAAAAGAGGAGAGAUUUUUUGCUUGGCAUCCUGAAGCUAUACAUCAAGGCAUUCUAUAGGCAAUAAUGAACCAAACAGACAAAAGUGAACAAGAUGUUCCCCCAUAUCUUAGUGAGGAGCCACCAGAAGAUUCAUUAAAAGAUCAUCCGCAGCAGCAGCCUGGCAUGAUUUCUCGCGUGACUGGUGGCCUCUUCAGCAUAACAAAGGGAGCUGUUGGAGCCACAAUUGGUGGUGUAGCAUGGAUAGGAGGGAAAAGCCUAGAAGUGACCAAAACAGCAGUAACAGCCGUGCCUUCUAUGGGAGUAGGAUUAGUAAAAGGAAGUGUUUCUGCUGUGACAGGAGGUGUUACAGCUGUAGGAUCUGCUAUCUCAAGCAAAGUGCCUUUAACAGGGAAGAAAAAGGAUAAGUCCGACUAAAAAAGUGACUGAGGCCUGUUUGUCAAGAAUGUUGCCUCUGUGGCUGUGGAAUCUGCAGAUUUGGACUGCUACAAAGCCGCAAGUCUUAAGAUUCAUCUAAAGAGCUGUAUGAAUAACUUUCACCCAAAAGGGACAGGAGCAACUUGUCAUCACAGUGUCCCAAACUUCAUUUAAAACUAUAGAUUGCUUCAAGCACUCAUCUGGUGAUAUGUUACACUUGAUAAAUAUGGAAUCAAGUACAUGGAUCUGAAGGGAUGGCUCACAUUUUAAUAUUCACUGUAGAUCUUUUUGAAAUCUUGAACUAAAAAUGUGAAAAUAAGAAUGGAGGGAAUGACCUAGCAAAACGUUAAGCACUUUGAAGUCCUGUUGGUCCCAGUGGGAGGAAUUUAAGCAUGUGUUUAACUCUCCCUUCAGAAUCUGUUGAACAUUAAAGUGCUUUAAAUAUUGGCUAGAUCAUCCUCUUUGUUGGUAACCUGUGCAGUUCCAUAAAUAUAUUGAUGUUCUAGCUGUAAGUCUAUGGCUUCUGUAUUUUUUGGAUAAAGAAUCAUUGAACUGCUUCAUAUCUUUGCAUUUUGAAACUAUUUUUAUACACUCUAUAAACUCUUUGAAUGGUGACUGCA